AUUUUGACAGUUCACACAAUCAGCUCUCCGCAUUUCGAAUUCCAUACAUUUAGUUUACGUGCAAAUGAUAAAACAAACAAAAAACGGCAAAUACAUUUGAUUCAAAAGAAUCGGAUUGAAUUCUUUGAUUGAAAAUCGUGUUGAAUUUUUUUUUUCGAUUAGUUUAAAAAUGGCAUUGAUUGAAGAAAUACGAGAUGAGGAUCAGCAACCGGGAUCGUCAACGAAGCCCAAGUCAAAUAUGACGGAUGAAGAACGUGCUGCUCUGGUUGAGAAGAUGGACAAAGAACUGGAUGAUUUUAUUGAUUCGUUGGAGAAACGGGGCUACACGGAAGGUUGGCCUGAAGAUCGAUGGGAAGAGGAAAUGAAUAAGCAUCCAUUUUUCAUGAAAGAACCACCAAAACCAGGCGAUGAACUGCAUCCAAUGCUUGAAGGCAUUCAACAGUUGAAAUACGACCCAUUGGAGAAUACACUGGAAGAUUUGGCAUCAACGUACAAAGACGAUGGAAACUUUGACAUGAAAAAUAAAAAGUAUCGCAUGGCAAUUUAUAGUUACACCGAAGGAUUGAAUCAGAAAUGUGAAAACAUUGAAUUGAACGCGUCAUUGUAUAAUAAUCGUAGUGCGGCGCAUUUCUUUUUGAAAAAUUAUCGGUCUUCAUUUAUCGAUGCCAAAAAAGCACUCGAACUGAAACCGGACUAUGAAAAAGCAGCAUUCCGUAUGGCUCAGUGCUCGCUACAUUUGAAAAAGUACGAGGAAUGCAUUGAUUUGUGCAAUAAAUACAUAAAUAAAUUUGGUCAAAGUGACAAAUGUCUGGAACUACGAAAAAAGGCCCGCGAUACGCAUUUACAGGAGUUGCGUGAUGAGCGGAAAAAACAGAAUGAGCAACGGCGCAAAGGUGAAACGCUAAAACGUACAAUCGAAGCGCUUAAAACGCGAGGCAUUAAAUUCGAAGAACAGCUUGACACAUCAUCGUAUGAAGAUCUUAUUAAGCCACAAUACCUACCUCUUGAAGAGCAUUCCAUUCAAAUGACUGACGAAGGCUUUCUACGUUGGCCAGCGAUUUUUUGCUAUCCAGAAUUUGAAAUUUGCGACUUUCAACAACAAAUCUAUGAUAAUAAUACAAUCAAUGAUAUUUUAUGUGAUCUGUUUGCGGAACGAAUGCCACAGGACAAAUCGUAUAAAUACAAACCCGAUACGGUGAAUGUGUACUUUGAGAAUCGCAUCAAUGCAACGCUACAUCGAGUCGAUGUACGGAAAACGAUUAAGGAAAUCACUGUCGAUAAGGACUUCUUGGUGGGCCGUGGCGUUCUUACGUUUCAUGUCGUGACCAAAGCAUCCGAGGCUGAAAAACGUUUUGUCAGCCAAGAGCGCACACGACUGAAUAUUAUGAAAUUUUAACAAAAUUAUUGCGAUUUUCAAUUCAUAAACAUGCAUUUAAAUAAUUGAAUUUGAGUCAAUUUGAUUGCAUUGGUGACGUCCGCUUUACUUUUAGCUGCCGCUUUAUUCCGUUUUCACAUUUUCAACGCUACAUUUAUUUCAUCGGCAGACCGAUUUAAACAAGAGCAAAAAUAUGAUAUACGGUUUGACGAGCCACACGUUUGCGCUGCCAACUGUUAAUCCGAAGUGUGUUGCGAAAUACAUUGCGAGAGAUACAGAUAGAGAGGAAGAAAGAGAGAGAGAGAGCGAUCGAGCGAGCGACGAAUCAUAUCUGCGGCGUCUGUGCUAUUCUAUUAAUGAAUUGCGUCAUCAUCGCAAAAUUACUACGAAUUUAAAUGAUGACAAAUCGAAAUACAACAAACGCGAGAGGACACAGUACUGCAUGCUUUUCAAUACUGUAAUAAACGAUUCUUUAUUGAGUGCGCGCACGCGCGCACUCAAUCAAUUUAUAUAAUCGAAUGAGAUUUUCAAAUGAUUAUUCAAUACUGAAUGAAAUGUAUGUGUGCCAUUUAGUAAUCAGUUGAUUUGCUGACAUACCGAUGAAAAAAAAACGUUACUUCGUUAUACAAAUUGAGCGAUUUCAAAGAUGCAACAAUAAAAGUCACAACAUCCUCAGCAC